CUUUAUCUUCUGUUGUGAGGACUUAAUUUUCUAUGAUUGGAGUCAACAUGUCCUGGUACGACCUCACGAUCCAAAAGCUUGGUUUUCCCUCCAUUGAGCUGUUUGUCAAGGCAGGAAGUGAUGGGGAGAGUGUUGGUAACUGUCCAUUCUCUCAGAGACUCUUCAUGAUUCUGUGGCUAAAAGGAGUCGUCUUCAAUGUGACCACAGUCGACCUCAAGAGGAAACCUGCAGAGCUGAAGGAUUUGGCUCCAGGAACAAAUCCCCCCUUCAUGACCUUCAAUGGAGAAGUCAAGGUCGAUGUCAACAAGAUCGAAGAGUUCCUGGAGGAGAAACUGGCUCCACCACGUUUUCCACGACUGGCUCCCAGACAUCUGGAAGCCAACACAGCUGGCAUCGACGUCUUCGCCAAGUUCUCCGCAUACAUCAAAAACCCGAGGAAGGACAUCAAUGAUGCUCUGGAGAAAGCCCUGCUGAAGUCACUGCGGCGCCUCGAUGAGUUCCUCAGGACUCCUUUGACUGAAGAGAUCGAUGGCGAUGCCUCAGGAGAGCUGCCAGAGUCCUCCAGAAACUUUCUCGAUGGUCCUGACCUGACACUGGCGGACUGCAACCUGCUGCCUAAACUCCACAUCCUGAAGGUGGUCGCCAAGAAGUACCGAGACUUUGAGAUCCCUGCCGAGAUGGUCGGGGUGUGGAGGUAUCUGAACUGCGCCUACCAGCGGGUGGAGUUCACCGGUACCUGCCCCGCCGAGCGCGAGAUCCACUUUGCUUAUCUGAAUGUCGCAAAGCGAAUUCAGUAGA